CAGAGAAACAAAACUUAACUCUGUCUCUGUCAGUGUGAGCAGUAAAAUGGCUGAAGGUGGAGGUUUACUGGAUCAGGACCAGUUCAGCUAUGCGAUCUGUCUGGAUCUGUUGAAGGAUCCGGUGACUAUUCCCUGUGGACACAGUUUCUGUAUGGGCUGUAUUAAGGGCUGCUGGGAUCAGGAUGAUCAUACUGGUGUCUACAGUUGUCCCCAGUGCAGAGAGACCUUCACCCCAAGGCCUGAUUUAAGAAAAAACAUUAUGUUUGCCGAAGUGGUGGAGAAACUGAAGAAGACAGGACUACAAGCUGCUCCUCCUGCUCACUGUUACGCUGGACCUGGAGACGUGGUGUGUGAUGCCUGCACUGGGAGAAAGCACAAAGCCGUCAAGUCCUGUCUUGCUUGUCUGGUCUCUUACUGUGAAACUCACCUCCAGCCUCACUAUGAAUCUCCUGCCUUUAAGAAGCACAAACUGGUCAAAGCCACUGCAAAGCUGCAGGAGAAGAUCUGCUCUCAUCAUGACAAACUGCUGGAGGUUUACUGUCGUACUGAUCAGCAGUGUAUCUGUUAUCAGUGUGUGAUGGAUGAACACAAAGGCCAUGAUACAGUCUCAGCGGCAGCAGGAAGGACUGAGAAACAGAAGCAGCUGGGGGCGACACAAAAUAAAUUCCAGCAGAAAAUCCAGGAGAGAGAGAAGGAGCUGCAGGAUGUGAGACAGGCUGUGCAGUCAAUCAAGCGCUCGGCAAAGGCAGCAGAGGAGGACAGUGAGAGGAUCUUUACUGAGUUGAUCAGCUUCAUUGAAAGAAGGCGCUCUGAGGUGAAAGAGCUGAUCAGAGAUCAGGAGAAGGCUGAAGUGAGUCGGGCUGAAGGACUCCUGGAGCGACUGGAGCAGGAGAUUGCUGAGCUGAGGAGGAGAGAUGCUGAGCUGGAGCAGUUUUCACACACAGAGGAUCACAUCCAGUUCCUCCAGAGCUGUGAGUCUCUCUGUGCCCCUGUUGGACCUGAAGACUUACCCAGCAUCACUGUCAGUCCACACGUCUCUUUUGAGGCUGUGAGGAAAUCUGUCUCUGAACUGAAAGAGAGACUGGAGGAUGUUUUCACGAUGGAGUUGAUCAAAGUACCUGGAAAAGCGCAAGAAGUCAAUAUUCUAGAGCCCAUGACCAGAGAAGACUUCUUACAAUAUGCCUGUCAGCUCACACUGGACCCCAACACAGCAAACACAGUCCACUGUCUGUCUGAGGGGAACAGAGAGGUGACCCGUGUGGAAGAGAUCCAGUCAUAUCCUGAUCAUCCAGAGAGAUUUGAAUACUGGCUCCAUGUGCUGUGCAGAGAGGGUCUGUCUGGGCGCUGUUACUGGGAGGCUGAGAGGAGUGGGGAUUUGGUUGAUAUAGCAGUGUCAUAUAAAGAGAUCAGCAGGAAAGGGCAAGGUAAUGACUGUCGUCUGGGAUAUAAUAACAAGUCCUGGAGUUUGGGCCGUAAUUGCGAUUACACUUUCUGGCACAAUGCUGAGAGCACUGGAAUCCCUGUUCCCCCCCCCUCCAGAAUAGGAGUGUACCUGGAUCACGGGGCAGGAACUCUGUCCUUCUACAGCGUCUCUGACACAAUGACCCUCCUGCACAGAGUCCAGACCACAUUCACUCAGCCCCUCUAUCCUGGGUUUGGGGUUUGGAGUGUUGGAUCCUCUGUAAAACUGUGUGAUCUGGGAUGAGCCAGUGAGUGAAUGCGAAGAUCAGCUGUAAUUAAAGAGAGGGAAAAACACUCAAAUGAGACAGAGAGAGAAUUCAGUUAUAUAUUGGGCUCAUUAUACAGCUUGGUGAUACAUGGUGAUAAUCUGAUUUAAUGGGAUUUGGUGAAAUUACUGUUGUGACUCCAUUUUCAUGUUACAGGGAUAGUUGAUAGGGGAUUCUUGCCUUUAGAUACCUAAUUAACUGCUGUACACACUGUUUGGAGCUAUUUCACAUGUAUUUUCUGCCUUUGAACCAACAGCUCUG